AUGAAGUUGAAUGGUAGUUUUUACCUGGUCCUGGGCUGUGCCCAGGUAGCAGCAUCCGCUGUACUGCCCGUCUUCUUCCCCAAGAACCCGAGCGAAGAGGCUCCCGAUGUGAAGAGCAUAUAUCCCACCCUGGAGAGCGAAACUUCCAGUCAGUCUCCUCCACUUGUCAAGAAACUCUACGCCGAGAUCAUGCUGCUUCGCGCACCGCGACCGCUCUUGGAAGCGCCAUCUUCAAAAUCCUUCACACUCCCGCCACUGUCAAAGCACAGAAUACCGAAGCCCAAAUCGCAUCCACUGUCCGACCCGGAUCGGAAGGAGGUGGGGGGAGAAGGGAACUUCAACGUUUGGGGCGAGGAAAUUACUGGGGAGUCUUCUGUAGAGGGGGAGGAAGACGGAAGGACGGUCCAGCUGAUCGACGUCAUCAUGGCAUCGCCGCCCGCGCCGCCUCCGCCACCAGCUUCAAGUUCAACUGUCUGGCCGCUCCGGCCGGCAUGUAUGAGCGGAGUGCUGCCGAGCGAUCGGAACGAGACCUUGCUGGUGUACUUGGCGUUGGCGUUUGUGGUGACUGUUGUGGUGUGCGAGACUUUACGCGAAGCUGUAGGGAGCGUGAAGCUGUACCGUAGAGGUGCGAUACGGCUAGAAGAGGAUAUACCUGAUCCUGAUCCUUGCGUCGAGGGGGAAGAAGCAGGAACGGUUGAUGAAAAGAAGUCUUUACUCGUGUAA